AUGUCACUCACCAUCCUCUCCGUCUCUUCCACCGCGUCCACAGGCUCGUCUUCUUCCGCCUACUCUAGAUCUCCAGAUGACCUGCAUGAUCGACUGGUGGCCCAAGAGAGCUCUACAACGUUCUCCAUCUGGUCCGCAGGUAAUCUGCGCCUGCAUGACCGAGAUUUGACCAUUCCCCCUGGCGAUGCAUCCGAGCUCCUGAGCAGUCUCAAACGGGAUGCGAGGUUUGAGGUCGUCUCCGUUACCUACCUGGAUGGCGAUAAGGAGGAAUGGAAGGCUUCCAUCCUUCGUGUCGUCUCUUCUCCCGACACCCCAACGGCGCUCUCCGACUCUGAGUGA